GAUAAAAAACAUAAAAAGUGUUGAGGUAGAUUAUUUAACCAUUUUUUUUAUAUUCCUUUUAGAAGUGUUUCAUUUGGGGAUGUUCAAUUUGAGAUAAAAAAAGAGAUAUUGAAAUUCAGUGCCAUUUGAAAAUGUGGCCAGAAGUAGAGAAGGCUAAUACGGAAAACAGGCAUGAACUUGUAUUAUCGGGAAAAGAAAUAAGUACAAGAAUAGAAAAGCAAGGAUUGGAUAUAUCCAUAUUCGAUUUAAUAGGUUUGAAUUACCUGAAUAUCAGUGAAACAAACUUGAGCCAUGUUCCUGAUGGAAUUGAGAAACUAUCAAAUCUCCAAACACUAGUACUACAUUCUAACAAAUUCGAAGAAAUCAAUGAGAAGAUAGGUAACUUAGAUAAAUUGAAGAUUUUGGAUUUAUCUAGAAACACUAUUAAAGUCAUACCAGAUAGUUUUGCUAAAUUACCUCUGGUAACAGUAAACUUGAAUAGUAACCAGCUAGAAACUCUUCCUGAGUUCAUCAUAAAUGUGAAACUUACUGUUCUUGAUGUUUCCAAUAAUAAACUGAAAGAAUUUCCAAGAGUAUGUUCAAAGGAGUUAGUUAAUCUGACUGAAUUGAGAUUGACUGGAAAUGAAAUCACAGAAAUACCUAAUGAUAUAAAUGUAUUACCUUCACUGAAACUAGUUGAACUAAGUUCAAAUAGAAUCAAGACAAUUCCUGGAGAACUAGCAGAUUGCCAAAAGCUUAAGGAUCUUAAUUUGAAAUCAAAUCCUAUUUCUGACCGCCGACUUUUAAAGUUGAUUGAUCAAUGUAGAACAAAACAAAUAAUUGAUUAUGUGAAGCAGCAUUGUGCCAGAACAAGUGCAAAUUCAGAAAAUGCUAGCAAAAAAGGGAUGAAUCAGAAAAAGAAGACCAAUAAUGAAUCUGAUGAGGAGACAUCUGUGAACUAUAAGUACAAAUUAAAUGUCAAGUAUGCUGAUGAAGAUUUUAAGAUUAUUAUACUGAAUUCUGUGAAAACUGUUAGAGAACAUCUGUUAUCCUGUAUUGUUAAUAAUGUAAAAUUCACAGAAGAAUCUUUCAAAAAAUUCAUACAGCUUCAAAAUAAGUUGCAUGAUACAGUGUGUGAGAAAAGGAACUCUGCAACUAUUGCUACACAUGACUACAAUAAGUUGCCUCCUGGAGACUUAACAUAUACCACCGCUCUUCCAAAUGAACUCAUGAUAAAGCCUCUUGGUAGGUCAGUUGAGAUGACUGGAGCUGACUUAUUCAAUAGGCUCCAAACAGAAGCAAACAAUUUGAGGAAAGAAAAGAAACGCAAUACCUAUAGUGGUAUUCACAAGUAUCUCUACCUCAUUGAGGGAAAGCAGCAGUAUCCUUGCCUUUUGAAUGAAAAAAAGGAGGUCAUUUCAUUUCCACCUAUAACCAAUUCGGACAUUUCUAAGAUUGAGGUUGGAACCACCAAAAUGAUCAUUGAAGUUACAAGCACAAUUUCCCAGUUUGCCUGCAAAAAAGUGCUGGACACUUUAUUGAAAGACAUGGUACUACUGUUUGAAGCAGAUUUGGAAGUCCAACAAGUUCGAACAACAGAUCUUGAUGCACAUUUGAAAGCAGUGUACCCAUCUAAAGCCGACCUGAAAUUUGAAAACUCUGUGCCUAUCAAAGUAGUUAGAGAUUAAGGAUUAAUGAAAUGUUUUCAGAAUUAUAUUUUGAUUUUUGCC